AUAAUGAUCACAAGUGACGAUGUUACUAACUUGGACAAAGUUUUAUUUGCAAAGCCAUCUCAAAGGAAAGCUGGCGCAGACUUUUGUACUUUUUCUGGGUUACUCACGAUUCGUAGCUGGAAACCAAAAGAUAGAACUGCCACAGAGGAACUGGUAAAAGCUGCUCUCGAGGAACACGGUUUAGAAUUUGAUCCUUUUGAUACUGAUGUUGACUUGUCACAUCCUGAGAAGUAUUACUAUCCAAGCGGUGGUGAAUUGUGGGUUCUGGAAAAGAAUGACAAAAUAGUUGGCUGUGCAGGGUUUUUGCCCUUGUCAGAAGCUUCAACUGUGGAGUUUCGCAAGAUGUAUUUUUCUCCUAGCGUAAGAGGACAGGGUUAUGGAAAACUAAUACUUGGUGCUUUGGAAUCUCGAGCUUUUGAAUUAGGAUAUAGAGAAAGUCGACUAGAAACGUCGCAUCUUUUGGAAGCUGCUUGUAAGCUUUAUGAAAAGAUGGGCUAUGUAAGUUAUGAACAGGUUCAUACACCUCGUUGUAGUCGUGCAUAUAAGAAGGAUUUGAGACAGCAAUAUGAAAGUGUCAACAACUAUACAGACAAUGUGUAUUGGUUGGAUACUGAGGGAAGGUUGUUUAGUUUGGUGAAAAAAGAAGUUGCAAUUCGUCACGCAGUUUUGUGUAAAAUGUGGAAAUUCGGUCUUCACACGAAUGAUUCGAAGCUUUCUCUUUUUCCUAGUCAACGAAAACAGAAAUUGUAUCAAUCGUUUCUGUGGUCAAUAGGAAACGAAGAACUUCGUAGUUGGCUAAUGAAGUUGAAAGAUACAUGUUCCGAUAAACUCGAGGUUCACUUAUCUAAGAACCAGCAUAUAAUCCUCCCUAGUACUCGGCAACAUGUUUUCGUUCAAGUGAUAAACUGUGUUGUGGGUAGUUCCAGUGUACUGCCAUUAUCCAUCCUUCUAGAAUUGAACGAUGUAGAAAGUAAUCAGAUUGAUAAGGAUGAUUUGUUCAUUUGGAAAGAACAAGAACAAUCAAUAUCGUCGUAGUAGGGUCUCCUUUUCCGAAGGAUACGGAAGCAUUCAAUGCAAAACAUCUGUUCUUCUUAUACUGGUAGAUAAAAUCAACUUUCUAGCA